AUGCGAGAUUCGGCCUUGGCGAUAAGGGCGGUCCACUUUCAUAGUUUGUAUGCCAGCGUCGAUGCAGCAUUCUGCAAGCUGAGACAUCACACAUUACUAGAAAGCGAUCCAGACGAAUUAUGUCUCUGGGACACGAAACAGGAACUUACUGAAACGAAAGCGUGGCCGAGAAGCGCACGCGCCGCAGCCGGUUAUAAUGUGAGCGGCGCACGAACACGCGCGUCUUCCCUCAAGGUGUUUGCGAUGUGGUACGCGUGGUUACUGCUGGUGUCGUGCGCCUUGGUGCAGGCAGAAAUCGACGGGGAGACCGGGCCGGUGACAGAAAGAACUGGUCAUGUUACGGAAGUAACUAGCCAUGAUUCAGAUUUUACCGGUCCGGUAGGAGGCGUGACUGAAAGUGAACUGGAAGCAGUAAAGGGCCCCGAAGAACCUCGAAAAGAGCAAGACCCUGGUGCUUCACCGCAAAACGAAAUCGGUGAUAUCAAAGAAGUGCCCAGCUCUUUCAUAACAGCGACCGGAACAGUCACAGAGAUUCCUCUACCGGUUGCUACGACUCGUACUCCUCCCCGUACACUCGACAGACAAGCUGCGGAACUCGCUUGGCGCUAUUGGCUGCAAAGCCCGGAAAGCGGAAACCCGAAUGGUCCAGCGAGACGAAUUACAACCAAAUCCCUGUUCAUCACGCCUCUCGUUUGUCCAAAGGGUCAGAGAUUAGACAGAAACGGCUGUGUUCAGACGCUGACGGUAAAUAAGGACGAACAUGAGAGAAUUUUACUUGAACAAUUAAACGCUUUGUUCAUAAAUUCUACGCCGUCCAACAACGCUGAUGUUCUCUAUGAUUAUGGAGAAGAAGAACCAGGUCCACUUCAGCUGACUAUCCCCAUAGGUCUAGAUCCGCAAAUACAUCAGAGCAUUGAUAAAAAAGGCGAUAACGCAAUGUUAAAUGAUGCUAGUAUAGAAGCUGAGUUAGAGCUAUUAAAAUUGCAGCAAAAUGCGCACCGAAACGAAACUACAUCCGAUACUUCAAAUAUUUUAUCACACAAUGUAUUAAACUUAUUAAACUAUCCGGACAAACCGAAGCGUGACAGUCCAAUGGAGAAUUCAACUGAAACAGAAAUACAAGACAUACCUGAUAAAGGACAAAAAGAAGAAGUUUUUGGACAAGUUAAUGUAGAUCCCGUUUUGUACGAUACUAAUAAUCAAGAUGAACAAAUCGCUGACACAGAAAAGCCACUCACAGAAAAAGUAACCAUUAAGAAUAACGAAACAUAUCCUACAUCACAUGAAAACACCAAUAAAAUGAGUGAUGAGUCUCUCACGAGAAAAGAUGCUGCUAACACUAAACUUAAUCCUGAAAAUGAUUACUCAGAUAUAGGUGAAGCAAUUAGAUUAAUUAGCAGAUACGCUGAAGUAUCGACCGACGACAACUUUCCUAAAAGUAAUAAGUUAAGGAACCCAGAUGAUAACAUUUUGGGAACACGAACCAAAAUGCAAUAUCGUCGCAACAAGCCAAAGUUAUCAAACAAUCAAAAGGACAUGUCCUCAGUACUAGAGCCUCAAAAUGUUGAAGAAUCAAAUGUAGGGGCGUCUCUUCGCGGCAGACCUGGUAUAUACUACAGAUACCCGAAUGAUAACAUUUCACCACCACCGAAUUAUCCAUUUAAGCGAUUACAAGAUUAUUGGCCGGGAAGAAAUCAAAUCGGCGGUGUUUAUAAUAAUAUGCAUGAGAAUCCCAAACGCCACCACCAUUCUUAUCCACAUUAUUUUCGUCCUCGUGGUUAUCCCGUUCUCAAUUAUCCCGAAGUUCAUUCUCGCAUGUCCCCACUUUAUCGAUACCCAAACAAAGUACAACACAAUACUAGUCCCGUACGAUCUCACGACGGCCAGGACAUAUAUAACCUCCUUGGUUUAAGGCAUUGGUUUAGCAGCGAGGGUGCGACGAAAAGAUAG